AUGGCGCUGGAGGUGACGCAAAUACUGCUUAACGCCCAGUCUCCUGAUGGGACGGUCAGGAAGAUUGCAGAGGAUAAUCUUAAGCAAUUCCAGGAGCACAACCUUUCUGCUUUUUUGGUAUCUCUAUCUCAUGAACUUGCCAAUAAUGAUAAACCUCCCGAAAGCCGAAGGCUUGCCGGUUUGAUACUUAAAAACUCCUUGGAUGCUAAGGAGAGUGCUCGAAAGCAAGAACUUGUGACGAGAUGGGUGGCGUUGGAUCCAAGCGUGAAGGCGCAAAUCAAGACUGCUCUUUCUCAAACCCUUGCCUCAGUGGUUGCGGAUGCUCGUCAUACUUCCGCGCAGGUUAUUGCCAAGAUUGCUGCUAUCGAGCUGCCUCAGGGCGAAUGGCCCGAGCUGGUUGGGUCAUUGUUGGCAAAUAUGGGAGGUCCUCAAAUGGAGCAACCCGCGCAUCUGAAGCAAGCGACACUAGAAGCCCUUGGGUACGUAUGUGAGGAGGUUUCAGCCGACAUCCUGGCUCAGGAGCAGGUGAACUCAAUACUGACUGCCGUUGUCCAGGGCAUGAACUCGUCCGAGACUAGCAACGAUGUCCGACUUGCUGCCACACACGCUCUGUAUAAUGCCCUUGAUUUCGCUCAAACCAACUUCGAAAACGAUAUGGAGCGCGACUAUAUUAUGAGGGUGGUCUGCGAAGCUACUCUCUCACCAGAUGUCAGAGUCCGCCAGGCUGCCUUUGAAUGCCUGGUCUCGAUUGGAUCCACGUAUUAUGACAAGCUUGCACCGUACAUGCAAGAUAUUUUCGCAAUCACGUCCAAAGCAGUUAGGGAGGAUGAGGAGCCAGUUGCCCUUCAAGCUACUGAAUUUUGGAGUUCCAUCUGUGAUGAAGAGAUCGAGAUUCAGGAAGAAUACAGUGCUGAUUUCUCUGGAGAUUCGGAGGUGCCAUACUUCCAGUUCAUCAAGCAGGCCUUGCCUGCCCUUGUCCCACUGUUGUUGGAAACUUUGACAAAGCAAGAGGAAGAUCAGGACUUGGAAGAGGGAGCUUGGAACUUGUCCAUGGCCGGUGGGACAUGUUUGGGUUUGGUGGCUCGCACCGUCGGGGACGACGUUGUGCCUCUUGUUAUGCCUUUCGUCCAAGAGAACGUCUCGAAGCCUGAUUGGAGGUGUCGGGAAGCAGCUACGUACGCCUUUGGAUCCAUUCUUGAGGGGCCAUCUCUAGACAAGCUAACCCCCCUUGUGAAUGUGGCCCUCACCUUCAUGCUGAACGCAAUGAAAGAUUCGAACAACCAUGUUAAGGAUACUACUGCAUGGACGUUAGGAAGGAUCUUCGAGUUCCUUCACGGUCCCUCAAUUGAAACUCCAGUUAUCAACCAAACCAACUUGCACUUGAUACAGGCUGUUCUUCUCGAGAGUAUUAAGGACACUCCUAAUGUGGCGGAGAAAGUCUGUGGAGCAAUCUAUUUCUUGGCACAAGGCUAUGAGGAAAGUGGACAGACAUCCUCUCCAUUAUCUCCUUUCUUCCAGAGCAUUGUUCAAGCUCUGCUCGCCACUACUGAGCGGGAGGAUAGCGGAGAUUCUCGACUGCGAACAUCUGCAUAUGAAACUCUGAACGAAGUUGUUAGAAUCUCAACGGAGGAUACUGCUUCGAUUGUCGUGCAGCUGGUGCCUGUGAUUAUGCAGAAACUCAAUCACACUUUAGAAAUGGCUGUCCUCUCGUCUGACGACCGGGAGAAGCAGAGCGAACUGCAGGCUCUUCUGUGUGGUGUUCUGCAGGUCAUCAUCCAGAAAUUGGGUGCAUCUGAAACGACCAAGUAUGGCAUCGUGCAGUACGCCGAUCAAAUGAUGGGUUUGUUCCUUCGUGUUUUCGCUUGCCGCAGUGCAACUGUUCAUGAAGAAGCUAUGCUUGCGAUCGGAGCUCUUGCAUAUGCUACAGGGGCUGAGUUUGGAAAAUACAUGGGCGAGUUUUACCGUUACUUGGAAAUGGGUCUCCAAAACUUUGAAGAAUAUCAGGUAUGUGCAGUAACUGUUGGUGUAGUCGGUGACAUUUGUCGUGCUCUGGAGGAGAAGGUUCUUCCUUACUGCGAUGGAAUCAUGACCCAGCUUCUGAAGGACUUGUCCAGCAAUCAGUUGCAUCGCUCAGUGAAACCACCCAUUUUCUCGUGCUUUGGGGACAUUGCCCUGGCAAUUGGAGAGCACUUUGAGAAGUAUCUGAUUUACGCGAUGCCAAUGCUUCAAGGAGCUGCGGAGCUAUCUGCUCAACCGUCAGGUAGUGACGAUGAAAUGAUUGAAUACAAUAAUCAACUCCGCAGUGGCAUUUUCGAGGCUUACUCUGGUAUUUUCCAAGGAUUUAAAUCUAACAAGGCGGAGCUGAUGGCACCAUACGCUGGACAUAUUCUGCAAUUUAUUCAGAAUGUGUAUCAUGACAAAGACAGGGACGAAGUGGUAACUAAGGCUGCUAUUGGAGUCAUGGGUGAUUUGGCUGACACUUUGGGGGCUAGCUCUGCCGCUUUGUUCCAACGUACAGUAUUCUUCAAAGACUUUCUUGAUGAAUGUACUUCGUCGGAUGACCAGCAGCUGAAAGAGACAGCGGAGUGGGCCCAGGGCACUAUCUCACGCAUAUUAUCUGGUUGAUAAUCCUUUCAUGAAACUCUUGGAUCAGAGGACGAACGCAUCACAGUUGUUCUAUAUAUGAUUGGUUGAGCAUUAUUGCAUAGAUUUAGAAUUUAGCGGAGGCAUUUUGCACGGUAGUAGAUGAUAGUUUAUCUACGGGGGUUUCCAUCUGUUAACAUACACAGGCUCGGACCCAGCGUUGUGUAGUUCGUAUCAUUUGAAUCUCUUCUGACCCACGUACCUGUGCUCGUUUCUGAGAGGAUAUCCCUUCAUUGAAGUUAGUGUUUAGAAUGGAGAGGAGCUACCUUGUUUAAAGUAAUUAAUCUGGUCAACGUCCAGCAAAAGUAGAAAUCUUUAGUUCUAAGUUUUGGCACAGGUAGAGGCAGGAGCAGUGCUUUUGGCUGUCUCCUUGAGGUUUGAUUUGGAGUUUAUCAUCGUAAUGCUAAUUCCAUGCAUGUCUCGUACAUGUGUGCGCUUUCAGUGUUCGUGAUGCUAGCAUAUUAGCAUGUUUGUGACAUCCAAGACUGUUCCUGCUAUUUUUACUAUCAGCUGUAUCGUGUAGCCAGGAACAGAUGUCAUAUAAUAUGUACCUACGAUGGACCCCAGCGGUUCAAAGGAUGAUAUGUGGCAGUUGUUUUGUUCAUACUGCAUCUCUUGUUAUAAGAAAGCCAAAGAUUGAGUCAUUUAGUACCA